UGUUUGUCAAGAAUGGGAUCACUACUAAGAAGGCAGCUGCUGGAAGGUAUAAAAAGUCCAAACAAGCAUGGAGCAUGGCGAUUGCAAACUUCGGUCUGCAUAAGUUCUAAAAUUUGCACAACAUGGCUUCGGGACAACAGAUUCUCUAUCGCAAACUCCAACUUGCAUUGGAUCGUCGUCAGCGUGAGGGUAGGUUCAUCCAGCCAGCUUCACCCAGCGAGGUCCAAGGCACUAUCGACUUUGGAUCCAAUGAUACCCUGUCACUCUCAAGCUCUGGCGUUUUGAGCCAAGCCUUUCUACAUCAACUUGGGAAGCAUCCAGACUUCACCAUUGGGAGCACCAGCACCCGCGUAUUCGAAGGCACCAGGCAGUACCUUGCCGACAUUGAGCGCGAUCUAGCUACAUUCUACAAUGCAGAGGACGCGAUUUUGUUCGGCUCCGGAUAUGACGCGAAUGUGGCCGUUUGGUCUGUGAUCCCACAGCCUGGAGACAUUGUCAUAUUUGAUGAGCUUAUGCAUUCGUGUGCGCGGCAGGGAAUGAAGAAUGGACGCGCCAAGGCUGUGGAAUUUCGGCAUAACGAUUGUGUUUCCCUCCGUCACCGCCUCGAAGAAGCCCGAGAGCGAAGCCCCGGGGUUGCAGAGGGGAAGCAAGUGGUCUUCCUUUGCUUUGAAUCAGUAUACAGCAUGGACGGGGAUGAGGCGCCUAUCCACGGGAUUAUUCAACUAGCGUCUGAAACACUUCCUCUCGGAAACUAUGUGCUUGUUAUCGAUGAAGCUCAUUCCAAUGGGCUUGUUGGUCCUAGUGGAUCAGGGCUAGUUCGUCACUAUGGCCUGGAAAAAGAGUUUGCUAUCAGGGUUCAAACCUGUGGUAAAGCUCUUGGAUCAUCUGGCGGUGUCGUUCUGUGCAACCACACGAUCAAGCAAACCUUGCUGAACUAUACCAGCAAUGUCGUAUUCACAACGGCUCCUAGCUUCGUGACCGUUGCAGCCAUAAGGGCUGGAUAUGAGUCAUUGGCAAGUGAGGAUGGAGAUAGGCGUCGAGCACGACUGCAGCACAACAUCUUGUAUACCUAUCGGUUGUUGACGAACCACCCGCAGUGGCAGGAAGUCAAGCGCAGAGGCAUCAUCCGACUUCCAACAGAGAUAGGUUGGCAUUCCAGGGAAUUCAAGUCCGCUAUAUUCGCAUUUAUCACGCAAACGGGGAAAGCGCGCUACCUGGCGAAGCGCCUUCAAGAGGCUAAAUUCUGGGUUAAUGCAGUCGAGUUUCCGAUUGUUCCGAAGAACCUAGGACGGGUGCGGGUCACGAUCCAUGCCGAUAACACCGAGGAGCAGAUUGGCAUGGUUGUACAAAUGAUUAUGGGAUGGGCAAUGGAGCAGGCGGGGUCAGAGACGGGGGAGCCGGAGAGGAUGGCAAGACUAUAAGUGAGAUCGGAACCAUGUUAACUAACAGAAAGCUCAGUUCAGGGACAGCCGGGGAUAAAGAAUGCUGAUCAGAGGAGCUGAUGACCCUGGACCUAACAUCAUAGAUCCUAGAUUAUCUUGUGAUUGAAACGUCCGUCUCCCCAUCGUUUUCUGUCUCCAUCAAGGCAUCGAGACAACGAUUCCAGAACGCUAAGCGAAGUCGAGAAGUCAAGCAUGGGAUUGUGGUUGGGUACAAACAGUCGACAAACACCGGCGAUCGUCGGAAGAUGAUUCCAUGACAUCACCCCAUCCCCCGACCCUUGUCCAUUUCAGCUUCAG